CGGUCAGCAAAGCACAAGAUAUGUUAAAGAUUCACAUGGAUGUGAUCAAGAAUCCGGGAGUGAACCUGUACCAAGGAAAAGACCAGCCAAAUAAAGGUAAAGGUAAAGGGAAGGGUAAACCAAAGGACGAAAAGAAAAAGGCAGCAUGUUAUGUAUGUGGCAAAGAGGAUCAUAUGUCUCCAAAAUGCCUAGACAGACUGCUACCAGAGAGUCAAUGGAAACAUCCAAAACAUUAUGUUGAUUAUGGGAAGAAGCUCAAUCUUAAUCAGAUUGGAGCAACUGUCCCAACUACAGCUACCGUUCCUGGACCUUCUCCAGCGACAAGUGUGAUCACGGGUGGAACAUUGAGCGUUGCGGGAAAGUGUUAA